UUAUAUAUCGGAAGCACUGUUAUCAUAACAACUUGCAUUGUCAAGAAAAAGAUGCAUGCAUUUUUGAAAGGAGGUAGUGCUGCUUUGGAGAGAGCAAAGGAGAAGUCCACAUCUUCUAGUGGAGAUAAAGAAGAACAAUCAAAGAAAACCAAACAGGUUCCAUGGGUUGAAAAAUAUCGACCUCGAAGUGUAGAUGAUGUAGCAUACCAAGAUGAAGUUGUCGCAGUUCUGAAGAAAUCACUUCAAUGUUCUGAUCUUCCUAACCUCCUUUUCUAUGGCCCCCCUGGUACAGGUAAAACUUCCACCAUCCUUGCUGCAGCCAGAGAUUUGUUCGGGCCAGAGAUGUUUAAAAGUAGAGUUUUAGAACUGAAUGCUUCUGACGAGAGAGGAAUAGGUGUGGUUCGAGAUAAAGUAAAGAGAUUUUCUCAGCAGACUGCAAGUGGUACACGACCUGAUGGCAAACCUUGUCCACCAUUCAAAAUCGUCAUUCUGGAUGAGGCUGAUUCUAUGACUUCGCCUGCACAGGCAGCGUUACGAAGAACAAUGGAGAAGGAGACGAAGACCACACGCUUCUGUUUGAUAUGUAAUUACGUCAGUCGCAUCAUAGAGCCUAUUGCUUCAAGAUGUGCCAAAUUUCGUUUUAAACCGUUAUCAGAGGAAACACUGACAAAGAGGUUACAAGGAAUCUGUGACAAAGAAAACAUCCACUGUGAAGAAGAGGGCAUCAAGGCUUUACUGAAAACUUCUGAAGGAGAUCUGAGAAAAGCCAUCACCUACUUACAGAGUGCUUCAAGACUUAAAGCAGAGGAAAGCAUCACAGAAAUGGAUAUCAACGAAAUAGCUGGGGUUGUUCCUGAUCAGAGUUUAGAUGACCUGAUAAUACUCUGUAGCUCUGACUCUUACGAAAAAGUGGAUGCUGGAGUACAAGGUCUGAUUAAUGACGGUCAUUCUGCCUCCCAAAUCAUUACACAACUGCAUGAGAAACUGAUAGAAAAAGAGGAUCUGACAGACAAACAGAAAGCAGUCAUCUUUGAAAAGCUUGCGGUCGUGGACAAGUGUUUGAUGGACGGAGCGGACGAAUACCUUCAACUGAUGGCUUUAUAUACUAUGAUUAUGCACCAAAUCUGUCAUGGAUGACUGGAUUGAAAGCAUGUGGAAUUGAAGUGACAUCAUUGAUUCUGAGCUUUGUAAUUAAAACUACAUUGCUCUUACAUUUGUUAAUCUUAUGUGUACAAAAGAACUCAGUUUAUGUAAAGUUUAACAAAAAAAAUCUAGAAUGCUGAGAAUGGAGAACAUUGAUAAUUUCAAUAAGGACGGACUUUGUGCUUUACUGUGAUCUCUAACAUGUAUUGAUAUUCCUGGUACACUUGUAAGAGACUGAUUACUGAUCAGGUGCACUUCCUAAGGAUUCAGAAAUUACAAAUUAUUUUUCUAGUAAUAAUGAUAUCCACUGUAGGUAGGGAUUCAAAGAAUUAGGUAGGUACACGUCAUAAUGGUUACUGUAAAAUGUUUUGUUACCACAGAUCACAACAAGGUACUGUACUGUGAACACAAAUUAUGAAGAAUACCUGACAAUAAAUCAUGUUGUUAAA